AUGAGAUACUUUGGCUUCAGUGACUUGUUGGUGAGACCGAGGAGCUCUCAGCCUGUGCUUCAAAGGGGCCGAAGACUAGGGCUAUCCGAGGUGCUGGUUGUUAAACAAUAUGAUGAAAUCACGGAAUGGCGGUCUACAAGACUAGUGUAUGAAUACGGAGGACCCAAGGCAAUGAAACUACAUCGUCAUGUUGGACCAAAUAGAAGCUGUUACACAAGCUCACAAAGGCAUCGGAUUGGCAUGCUCCGCGGCAGUGUGAUUGCAAGUGAAGCUCCUGCAUUAUUGAGUAUGCUAUAA